AUGCCAUUCCAUCAUGUCACAGCUGGCUUGUUGUACAAAGGAAACUACCUGAACCGGUCUCUCUCUGCUAGCAGCGACAGUGAGCAGUUGGCCAACAUCUCCGUGGAGGAGCUGGAUGAAAUUCGUGAAGCUUUCCGAGUGCUGGAUCGUGAUGGCAAUGGCUUCAUCUCGAAACAGGAGCUGGGGAUGGCUAUGCGCUCCUUGGGCUACAUGCCCAGUGAAGUGGAAUUAGCCAUUAUCAUGCAACGCCUUGACAUGGAUGGAGAUGGUCAAGUUGAUUUUGAUGAAUUCAUGACAAUCCUUGGACCAAAACUGGUGUCAUCAGAAGGACGGGAUGGUUUUCUAGGAAACACAAUCGACAGCAUUUUCUGGCAGUUUGACAUGCAACGGAUAACAUUGGAAGAGCUAAAACACAUCCUCUACCAUGCAUUUCGGGAUCACCUAACAAUGAAAGACAUUGAGAACAUUAUCAUCAAUGAAGAGGAGAGCUUAAAUGAGAACUCUGGCAACUGUCAAACAGAAUUUGAAGGAGUGCAUUCCCAGAAGCAGAACAGACAGACGUGUGUACGGAAGAGCUUAAUAUGUGCUUUUGCUAUGGCCUUUAUUAUCAGCGUCAUGUUAAUUGCAGCCAAUCAGAUCCUCCGAAGUGGCAUGGAGUAG